AUGGCUAGUCAUUCGGUGAUUAGACGUCAGUGGAACGGUAGCAUGGAGCGUUGGUGCAACAAAGUGGCCGUGGUGAGCGGAGCUAGUGCUGGAAUUGGUGCAGCAUGCACCCGUGCUCUAAUCGGAGCAGGAAUGGUAGUGGUUGGUCUGGCCAGGCGGCAGGAUCGAGUGGAGAAGCUUCGUAGUGGUCUGAGUCCCGAACAGCAGUCUCGGCUUCACGCAAUCAAGUGCGACAUUACGCAGGAGGAUCAGGUUUUGAAAGCCUUCGACUGGACCUGCCGGCAAUUGGGCGGAGUGGAUGUGUUGGUGAGCAAUGCUGGGAUCAUUGGUACCGGAGAACUCAGCGAGCGGGAUAAUGGUGCUGCCAUGCGAUCCACCAUAGAAACAAACAUCAUGGGCACCGUUUACUGUGUCCGCGAAUCCUUUCAUUCGAUGAAAAGGCGAGGAACCGAGGGCCACGUGGUCAUCGUGAACAGCGUGGCGGGCUACCAGGUUCCCAACCUGGGACCCCAGCUUCCCUCGCUCAACAUUUAUCCGGCCACCAAGUUUGCCCUUCGCGCCAUGAACGAGAUCUACCGCCAGGAGUUCCAGAGGCACAAAACUGCCGUGAGGGUUUCGACCGUCAGUCCCGGCAUUGUUGAUACGGACAUCUUGCCGGAGCAGAUCCAGGGUAUUAUCAAACAACACAUGCCCAUGCUGCGAAGUGAUGACGUCGCUGAUGCCGUUCUCUGGGCAAUUGGCACUCCGCACAAUGUUCAGGUCCAUAAUAUAACUAUCAAGCCGCAAGGCGAAAAGUUUUAAUAACUGUUACGAUAAACUAUCAACUGCAGUGGACAAUUUCAUUAAAUAUUUAAGUUUUUUUUGUACUGCGCCACUAGUUGCCUUAGGCUAAAAAUAAAAUAGUAUAAUUGGAUCAUAAUGUUAAUUUAUUUUUAAGAAAUCUCUUUCGUAAAUCUUAGGCCUAUUAAACUGCAGCACAUUGCCCAGUGUCGGCGAAUUCGAUUCCCAAACACCGGAUCAUACCCCAAUUCAAACACCCUUUUCCACCGACACUUUUUUUUGCUCUCUCCGAAGGACUUUCAGAGUGGAUUUAAGAGAGGUUCGCCACGGGUUCUUUUCCAUAUCGUUCCAAAGCAGCUCCAAGCUGCUCCCCAAUACAUCCAGGCGAUUCAGUUGUGUGGAGCCAGUCGCUCUGUAAACACCGUCCUUUGUUCACUGUGUCCUCUUUUUUCGCUUUCUCAGAUUUUGCAUCUUUCGCCAUCUGUUGUCGCGUGCAUCUGUUGAUUGUGUUUUUACACCCCUAAAGGACCUUUUAAGUCUGUUGAUGUGGGGAAACUGCACAAUUUCACUUAUUAGUUUGAUUUUUAAAGAGUUUUCCAAAAAAACGCUGAGGAGUUUUCCAAAAACUGAGACAUAUUUUAAAUAUGUGCUAUUCCCCUCUUAUAGUUUUGAAUCCAAAUUAUUUUCUAGAACUAAGUUGUACUACUGACAUAAUAUGAAAGUAAUUUAAAGUUUUUUUUUAUGUCAACAAAUACUCUAAAAACCUCUUUAAUAAAAUAUCACUGUAUCUCAACCACUCGUUAAUACACAGUAGUUGUUCGCUGAAUCGCCACGAUAUCGUUAAGAAACUCAAUUUAAAUGCACAUAUUACAUUUAGCCCGAGCUGACCAAACGGCUCAACUGUGGUCCUCGUCACCUCAUUCGAUUUGGAUGGAGGAAUCUCCUUUUGUAUUCAUGAAAGCUGAAAAGUUUUUCGGUUAUUUAUUUAAUGGGUGCUGAAUUCCGCGGAGUCCAUUGAUGGUGCUCAUGGUUCUGCUUUCCAUGAAGGUACACCCUCCAUGUCCAUGUGCAUAUAUUUAAAUUACCGCGCUUGUAUUUAUGCGACUUUUGUUUUUAAUUAAUUUUUUAAGUCCCUUUGCGGUAAUUUUUGCGAACGAAAGUUUUAAUCGAAUUGCUUAUUAUACAAUGUGUUUAUAUUUUUCUACUGAAGAAUAUCCUUUCAUUUGUUUAUAUUUAUAACCAUUAAAUUUUUGAUUCUUAGAUUUAUAUAUCAUAUUAAAAAUCACCACAACAAAUUUGUGCUUAUCGCUAUGUUCUCAAAAUGUGAUGCACAAAAUCUAUCCCAACCGUCAAAGAAAUUUAAUUUGGUUUCAAAAUGCACAAACGAUGACCAAUAAAUUAUUUAUUUAACAAAUGUUCAUCAGCGCAUAAGCUGCUCAAUAAAAUAAAACUAUGCAGAUUUAGCAAUAAAUAAAUGUUUAGCGGCUAAUUUGGCAAUGUAAACUUAAUUUUCGAAUACAUUCGCCUAUUUCCACAUAAAUUAGCGUAAGCCCCGUCAUCGAUAAGGCAAUUAAUGUGCGGAGAGCAGCCAGCCACUAUGCAAAUGGUCAUAUGUUAAGCGCCAUCCACCGAAAUGACAUCUAUGCGAGAUUAUAAAUCACAAACGCUGCUUUCCCGUGGUCGAUGGCAAUACAAGUACUAUUAAAAGCCAUUCCGAUGAACCUCGGCUCUCGUAAAUCAUAAAGGAGUGCCAUCUCAGUUUCUACUUCGUCCUUUAGACCUGGGCUCCUAUUGUCUUCAAAUUUAUGUCCUGGAAUGGCCCUUUGCGUUCGGCAUUGUCCUGAUUUCGUCCUUGAAUUGCUGCUUUUGAGCGAUAUGCUAAUUAAAUAGAGAGCUAAAAUAAAUAUGAUUUUUGAAUUAAUUAAGUUUUAGACUAUUGUCUUAAGUGAGGCACCCCAUGUUAGUGAGCAUCAAUCGAUUAAGUUUAUUGAAACCCAUAUAAGAGCUUCGGUCUGCUGCCUUUGGUAUACCUCGUGAAGUAUGUAUGGUAGGCAUAUGCUUGUAAUAAAUUCAAAAGAUAAACGAAGCUGCCGGCACUGAGUUCGGAGCAUAGGCAAAUGGAUUGAAUGGAGAUGGAGCAUUCAGGACACUUGCCUUGAUGACAGGGCAGGCUUAAAAUCGAUUGCGUACGACUCGAUUCAUUCAAUCAAGUUAAAUAGAAUCGGAAUUCUGGAAACAUCAGCUGCAGGCUCCUCUGACUAUGGGCAAUUCAGCCUAUUGUUCUUUGGACAAAUGCGAAGUACAUGGGCGUAUCAAGAAAUGAUUUCCAAAGGGGAAUCGUAAGGCAAAAAAUCUGUCUUAAUGCUUCGUAUAAUUAAAUAAAAUUUAUAAAACAUUAAAAAAAAGGAUCAUAAUAUUAAAUAUAAUUUUUAAUGCUUUUGUAUUUGGAUUAUUGCAUUUCUGUGUUUGCUUUACUUGAAUGAAGAUGAUAACAAAGACUGACAUCGUUGACUUAAAACAUUACACAUUGUAUCCUUGCUCCAAUUGCAAUGGGAAUGGUGUUCCAGAAGCUCUUCAAUAUUUCCAAGAAAUUAAUUUGGAUGUAUGCAAAUCUAAUUGAUAUACCCUGCGUAGCUCUAAGAAAAAUAAUUUAUGUCCAAAUUGCAUAAUACGAAAACAAGGAUGUUUAUGGCACAAUAGAUUUUAUUGAAUAAUGGUUGAUUUCACAGCGCCUAAUAUGUGUGGUGGCCACAGUAUUCCAUGGCUCUCUUCUCUCCUACGGCUCAUAUGCUUUUCAUUUUCAUUGGUUAUUUGUCGCUCGAGUUGUUUUUCGGCAAUAAAGAUUAUAAUCUUUGUAUGCUAUACAGAAACCAGCAAUAACGAUAAAAAGAGGAAUUUGGUCUACCAUAGCUAAAGCUGGGACAAACUAUUUUGCUACCAGAUAGGAUACAAAUAUUUUUGUAAGAUGCAGGAAAAGCUGAGGGUGUUUGUGCGUGGAAAGAUAGAGAAGAGUUUUAGUCGCUUAAAAUAAACACCAAUAAAAGCAACAUCCCCAUUCAAAACUAUUUUGAUUUCUUAUAUCCCCUUUCUUCUGGCGUUUUUGUAAUUUUCAAAUACAUUUACAUAUCUCCCCCCUUUUGUGUUGUUAUAAAUAAAAAGAUUGGCGUGUUAUUGUAAUAUAGCUAUAAUUUUUUAUUUUAUAAAAUUUGGUUUUACAUUAAUCUAAUUAUGGAUAAUUUUAAAAUGUCCGAAUUUGGUGAUAAUAUUAUUUUCACCUCUAGCAGGAUUUUCAGGAAGAUUCCAAAAGGGGAAAUCUAUUUAUAAAUUGAAUGACAUUUUCCGACUGCCGGUUUAUACGCUCGGCUCGCAGCUUUCGAUCGUUGGUAAUAUCUCUAAGAAAAGUGGACCAAUUCGAUGCGAGAUUUGGCAAUUGCUGAAUAGAUAUUUCAGUCGGUGACAUCGUAUUUUUGAUGGCUCCAAUGUUUUGGCCAACCGGGGAGUUCUCGUUAGUUGAUACUGACACAGUGUUCGUCAUAUUGAAAUAAAAUGUUUAGUUUUGGGUGAACUGGUGGGAUGAGGCUCUUGAAGCAGACUGAUUUAAUAGUGUCCAUGCAUUGGUUUAUAUAGAACUAAACAGGUAGAUUAACAUAACUCUUUCGCGUUGGAUACAGGUAGAAUCCGUGAAAACCCCACGGAUUUAUAUAUCAAUACCUAAGAAAGGUAAGGUAAGUAACAGCUGCAUAAUCCCCCAACAGAUGGAACAUCCUAAUAUAGCCAUAAAUGUUGGAUGGGUAUAACAAACUUGGGAAUUACCUGAAGAACACUAUAUGUUUUAUAUUGAGCCAUAGGUAAGAGAAUAGGAAUAUUUUGCCAUCGAAAGUUCUCGAGACAAUUUGCAUAUUUGUCUGAUAUUAUUGCAAAUAGGAAAAAAACGCAAUUCUCGCAAUUCAACGCAACCCAGGAAAAGGAUAAUAAUGGUACAAAUUGUAAAAAAAAAUCAUUUAAGUCUGAUAAUGUGUACUGUAAUGAUCGCCUAAGGUAAUAUUAUUAUUGUUAAAACACUGCUUAAUGAAAAAUGUAUACGUAUAUUUUCGGUGGCAGGAGCAAUUUUCUUUAAGGUAUGCAAAAAAUGUUUUUAUCUGUUGUAUUCGUUUUUUUUUUUGUCAGAAUAUUAAUACGUAUGCCAUUCCAGCAUCCUGUCGCCUGCGAAAUUGAGCAAUUUAAUUAUACUCAUAUGGAAAAAUAAUGAUGCUGCCGCUGCACAUUCUCUGGAAAGGUAAACAUUGUCAUCCAAUGAAGGCUUCAAACUGCCGGGCGACAAUUGCAAUUAAUUGCAUAUUUUAAGCCAUUCCAGAUUGGAACCGCAGACGUGAACAACAACAAUUGCAAUACAACAAGAAAAACAAAAAUUAUAUAUGUUUAAUGUGCGUAAUAAAAUGAAAAAAACAAAAGGAUCGGCUUGACCGUUAUCAAAGGAAAGAAAUUAAUUGGUCUUUACGCCAAAAAUUAACAAUUAUGACAAUAAAAUGCAUUCUGUUUAUCAUAGGAAUA